AUGGAAAAGUUUACAAAGUUUAAAUUAAAGAAUUCAAAAAAAAAGGAAACUUUGAAAUCAGAUAAUUUAGAUGAGAUAACUAAUCCUCUACUAGAAAAAUUUAAAGUUUGUCAUGGAAGAACAUUCUUAAAUAAUAGUCUUGAAUCAAAUUAUUAUUUUCCUUGUGAUAAAGAAACGAUAGAAAUAGGUGCUCUAGGACAUUUAACGAGGAAACAAUUAUGGGAUGGAAAUUAUUCUUCACCAACAGAAGAAAAAUUAUUGAGUGGUGCUACCGUUCUUGAAAUUGGAUGUGGCGGAGGUUACUGGACAGUCGAAAUGGCAUUAGAUUAUCCAUCUUCAACUUUUGUGGGUAUUGACAUUAAUUCAGAUCUAUUUCCAUCCGAUAACCAACGCCCUUCAAAUGUAGGGUUUCUUGAAUGUAAUGUAAUUCUUGGAAUACCAUUUCCUCUAAAUACAUUUGAUUUCGUUUUCGUAUGUAAUAUGUGGGCUGCAUUUACUGAACCUCAAUGGGAUCAGUUAAUUAAAGAAAUUGUUAGAGUCCUUAAAUAUGAUGGUUGGUUAGAAAUGGUUGAAGGUGAUCCAAUGUUUAAAAAUACUGGAAAGACACUUAAAUCGAUAGUUGAAGUUUCAGUUGAACCAUUUUAUAAAGAAAAGGGGAUAAGUCCUGAUGUUAUUAAUUUAUUACCAAAAUUUAUUGAGCAAAACAAUGAAUUGACAGAUUUUGGCUAUAGUAAAGUAAAUGCUCCAUUAGGUGAUUGGAAUGGAUACUUUGGUUUUGUUAUGUUGAAAAGCGUACGAAAAUUCAUGGAAGAAUUUGCAUAUAUGCCGGAUACAAUAAUAGUUUCUAAAGAGCAAUUUCUUCGGAUGCUUGAUGAUUUUGAAAAAGAAGCAUGCGAAAUUAAAACCUCAAUGGAUCUGUAUAGGUUUUUUGCUAGAAAAGUUCAAAUUAAUUAA